CCUUUAGAAGCGACCACAUGCUCAGUCUAAAUGGAGCAACCAUUCAAAAAAUGACUUGCUGAGGUGUCAGUGGAUCAAGUGGAGUUGCUUGCUACCAACAGGUGCUCCUUGCCUGCAGUGCAUAAAAGUGAUGGGAGCCCGGGGGAUGGUGUUGCUCAUGAGGAAAGAGGCACAGGCUACAGGCGUAGACUGCAGGACCAUGAAGUGUGUGAGUGGUGGUAUUGGGCAACAUGUAGACUGCAGUGGUGGUUUACUAUCUGAUGCUGAAGAUCUGGAGAGUGCAAGUGACAGUUCAGAAAAAUCUCUUGGUGGAGGAGAUGAUGGAGGUUACAGUAGCCCAUCUGGGGACAACAGAGGAAAAAGGAAGAGGAAGAGUAAAUUGUCUGGCGUCAACAAGCAAAGACAAGCUGCCAAUGCACGGGAGAGAGACAGAACACACAGUGUGAAUACAGCCUUCACUGCUCUUAGGACACUAAUCCCCACGGAGCCUGCAGAUCGCAGGCUAUCCAAAAUAGAAACCCUGAGGCUUGCUUCUAGUUACAUUUCUCAUCUUGCCAACAUUUUAUUACUGGAAGAGGACAGCAUAGAUGGCCAGCCAUGUCUACACUACAGAACUUCUGUGACCAGUACAGCUCCCAAACCUAUCUGCACUUUUUGCCUCAGCAAUCAAAGAAAAAUCCACAGGGAAGGGGAGAAGCACUUGUCUAUUUAAGGUGCAUGUGGACAUUCACUCAGAGGAGCAGCUUGCACAAUACUUGCACUGAAUAUAGACCGGUUCUAAAUAUACCUACUUGAUACUCUAUGUUUACAUGGAACAUUUGUAAUUAUGCAGCUUAGGGUACUUUCCCACUUGCGUUUUUCUUUUCCGGCACUGAGUUCCGUCAAAAGGGCUUGAUGCCGGAAAAGAACUGAUC